CCCACUUGCGCUCUCGAUGGGGUUACGGUCAUGUUACAGUGUAACACUCAGCAGUGAGAUGUGCUAGUGACUGACGACAUUCUCUUUGUGUUAGUUUGUUAUUUCUGUGAUUGUGCCGCUUAAUUUUACCUUUUGGAUAUAACGCACCAGAGAAAAUGAAUUUAAAAUUCCUUCAACUAGCAAUAACGACCCAACUAGUGUAUAUAGUUGCGUCACAAAACGAUAGAUCUUACGACACCAACGACUGGAUACCGGUGACUCAGAAGGCGUCGGCUGAGGAGACGACACAGAAAAAGGCGACGGCCCGCGUGCUCAACCUUGACUCGCCGUCCCAAAAGUUUUUUCCUGAUGAUUAUAUCUACAAGAAAAGUAGGCCCAACUUUCAGUCAAGGCCUAAACAUAAGGAUCGGUACAAUGUGCCCAAAUAUGAGAACACCUACAAAUUCGAGUUACCUCCAACACUCCCACAAAACGGUGGUCCGAAGUUCCAGUAUUAUCCAAAACAAGAGGUGCAACUCCCCAAUUAUCAACAACCACCUACAGUAAAUGUAUACCGAGCUCCUCCACUGCAACAGUAUGUCCCUAAUGCUCAAGCUGUCGUACGAGAGCGAUUGCCUUUACCAAAUAUACAGAGCAAUUAUGGACAAUAUAACAUCCCAAUUAAUAGUACUAAUUUUUAUCAAACAAUUAAUCCGUAUUCUAUAAAUCAGGAGUUAAUAGGCAAUAUCCAAAUCCAAACCCCAAAUGGUGCCAAUCCAGUGUUUUAUCAAGUUCCAAGCAAGACGGUGGGAAACCAAGAGGAUAAAGUGUUAUAUCAAAUGCCAAGUGAUAUUAUUGGAACCCAGAAUAAUCAGAAUCUGUAUUUAAAUCCAAAUGGAGGCGUAUCAAAUCAACAUGUUCCUGCUAAUAUAGGGAAUUCUGGUGUACCUACAGAAAAGAAUGAUGGGGCCAAGGAAUCCGUACAGUUGGUAUAUGUUCCACUGGAAAACUUAAAAGAUGGUCAACCUGUUCCUCAAGAUACUCAGACAGUUUAUAGACAGGUUGAAUCUCCCAGAUACGAAAAUCUUCUCGAUAAAAAUCAUCGCCUCGCUGCUAUUGAACAAGAUUUUAUACAACAAGCACUGCAGGCAACGAAACUACAAGAAGAAAUCCAACUCGGAGAUCCCCUCUUACUUCAAGUGUCAACAACGCCUAAACCCAUCAAAAAGAGAAAGCCUCAUCAGCCUCCUCUAGCAGUGUACGUAGAAGGUGAAAAACAACAAGUCGAAAUAUCCGAUGUACUUGAGGCAUUAAAAAGUGCCAAAUCGAUUGCAGUUCAAGAUAGCAUUCAACCCAACUCACCAGAAAUCUUCAUAGGACCUUCAACACUAGAAGCUCCAGAUUAUUCAAAGUUUCCACUUCCGUAUUUAAACAAUAUUGACGGUAACAGAAGCAACAAAAAUAUUGACUCGCUACCAUUUUUUGUCGCGCCUUUAAGUUUCAAAACUCCUCCUGGGUAUUCAAAAAUUCCUCUACCUGCACCUCAUGUGGGCUCUGUGGUGAUUUCUAUCAAAGAUGAUUUGCAAGGCAAAAGAUCUACUAUUAGACCAAGUCACCUUAACAACAUAAAUAUACACCAACAAAUUAAAAAUAGUCCAACCACCGCUAAACCUUCUUUUAACACUAUAAGUCCACAACCUUAUCUAGCACAAACUUACUACAAUCCAGAAUCAUUUACUCCCUCUCCUCAACCACAGCUACUUCAGUUUGCAGUAAAUGAUCAAAACAAGGUAUACGAUUUUACUGGUGCUAACUACAAUCAGCAAAAUUCAAACGAUUACAGUCAACCUCAGAAGUCUCAUGUUAAUGUUAAAGGUCCUGAUGUAUCAUCUAAAGAAAAGAAUACCGUACCUUCAUUCCAAUAUUCUUAUAUAGAUGAAAUAGCAACAGGUACAACAUCUAAACCUAAUCCCAGUAACCUUAAUACCUAUAACUUAAAAAUUACUGAUCCUGUAAAGUAUGAUGUACCCAGCAGGCAAGUAAUUAAUCAAGAACAAUAUAUUCAAGAAGAGAAAAUUCCAACUUAUGUACCCUCAUAUAAUGAACAGUACUCUAAUAAUAGGGAAAAUAAAAAACCAACAGAGCUCCCAGUUCAAUACGAACCAAUUGCAACUACUUUUGACAUAAAUCAACAAAGAGCGCAAGAACAGGUUGUCAAUAUUAAACCUAAAUCAGAAAUACAUAAUUUGUCACCAUCUAGAGAGGUUGUUAACAAUUAUUCCGAAGAACAACAACCUAAGCCUCACCUGCCAGAUGUUAAUCCACUGGAACUUGCAAUCAACGAAUUUGAGUUACACCAAAUAAACACGCAAUUAGAGGAAAAACCGAGAGUUAAAAACCAAAACACUUACAAAACUCGUCCUACCCAAAAUGUAAACGAGGAACAUGAUUAUAAAUUUGAUCCAGAACUUCACAGAUUCUCAAGUACCCCGGCAACAAUUUUAAGAGACAGCUAUGUUGAAACUACUGUAAGACCGACAAGGCAACGAGGAAGGGUUAGAACACGUCCUCCAACAACUACUACUACUACCACUGUAGCACCAGAGGAAGAACAAUAUACUGUACUAGAAGAUUUCGACGUAAGAGAAAAACCAACAUCUCGAUUUUCGACACCAUCGAGCGUUCGAUACAUUGCUCAAACCAAACACGUUGAACCAAUUCCAACCGCUGCUCAAAAUACACAAUAUUCAUCUGGUUCAGUUAGCGAAAUAGAGAACAUACCAUCUAAUGUUUAUAGUUUAAACACAAAACAAAAUGUAUAUACGGAAGCCCCUGAUAAAGAAUAUACUUAUACAUUAAACCAACAAUUAAUGGAUCAGCAAAUUUUGCAUGUUGAUUCUAAAGAGUCUGUUCCCAAAUAUGAACAGCAAGGGCAGUUUGAGGUAGAUCCACAUUCUCAUCAAUAUACGAUACCAACAACUGGUGGCUACAUCAAACAGCAACAAUAUAAUGAGCAGAAAGAGUAUGAUAACAAGCAACGAUAUAAUGAAGAGAAAGAGUACAAUACUCAACCGCAAUAUAGUGAAGAGCAGACCUAUAAUAAACAAGAAAAAUACACUCAGGAUGUUAACGAAAGUAAAGAAAAUCAAGAAGAAUACACAAAUCCACUGGAAGAUCCAUCAGUACGAUCAUUACUUAUUCCUAACCUGUUAGUUCCCACUACAACCAAAGAUGCUUAUUUACCAACCCGCUCAUCUACAUCCGGCCCAUCCUAUUUACCAACCACUGAAAGAAUAAUCGUAAGCACUGUAGCUAGUACUGAAAGACCUAUUGAAACGACUACCACUAGUCGUAUUCGUAGUCGAACUAGAGGAGGAAAUAAAUACAGCGAGAAUAAUACUACUAGAAGACCAUCGUCAAGAAGACGUCCAACGCAGUAUUCGAGAGUUACUACUGAACGUACAAGGCACACUCCUGAUGUUGAAUAUAGUACAAGAAGUACCAGUACUAAACAAAGGUUUAGAACUCGAGGACGUACCACUCCAAAUUCAAUUACUGAGAGGUUAAUAACUACUGAAAACGAGAUUCAUGAAGCUCCAAGCUCUGAGGCGCCCGUAAACAUCCGCACUCAUCCAGAUGGAUCUGAAUCUUACAUGCAAUAUGAUCAUCAGACAGUAGAUCAAAGAGAAGAAAAACCAAUUAUUGAUGAGGAAUAUUCUAAAGUACUAGUUACAUCUGGUCGGCCAAUUCUACAGUACGAAAACACAGCUUCUACAUCAAAACCUACCUUAAAUAUUCAAGUCACCCGUCCAGCUGACACUUAUCAACAAUAUGAAGAAGAAGAUACUCCCAGAGUUAAAGUUCGUGGAAGAAUAAGAGAUAAACCUAGAAUUACAUCAACUACAACAGAAAAAGUUAUAACAAGGCGAAUAACUACUGCUAGACCGGUAGUGAAGGAAGAAGAAGAAGAAUUUUAUGGAUUUUUCAAGCAACCAGACUUUGGACCCCCACCAGAGAGCAAAGUCGAAGUAACUACAAUACCACCUUCACCGAGAAUAUAUACGUACCAGACCCCUAGUCAACACAGAGAAGACUAUCAAGUACCUCUAAGCAGUAUCAACACUGAUACUUCAACUGUUCGAUUUGUAGGAGAAAUUGUGCCAAAAUAUACAACCAGUAAGGAAGUUCAAACAGAAACAGAAACGCCCAAACCUAGAAUUAGAAGUAGAACACGAGCACCACAACGUAAACCAACAUACAACCAGGAUUACCUAGAUAAAACAACAAAACGCAGUAGUGUUAUUAGAUCAAGAGGAAAAACUCAUUAUAGACUACCAGAAAAUCUAAAGAAAACAAAAGAUGAAGAAGCUGAUGUAGAAGGUGGAAAUUACCCGACUCCUUUUCUUCAAGGAAGAAGGACGGUUACAACACCAAGUCCCGGAUUUCAAAUAACUGUUGCACCUGAUGAUGACAUCGAAGACGAUCAGUCACCACACCAAUCCAUUCAUCGUCCAAAUAUUGUUGCUUCACCAGAAGAAUGGCAUGAUGCUUCGAUAGAUCAUGUUAGUGACGAUAAAACCAAAGGAAACUUAAUUGACACUCCACAAGAAGAACCACUACAGCUGUUUGAAAAUCAAAACCUUUCAUCAGACCAACCUUUCGCUUUACCAGUGAAAUCAUCUUUCGAAGAAACAACUACGGAUAAAAGUGACGAGCAGUUCAGGAAGACAACACAAAAGAUCGAAGAACAAUUUGAAGCCAUAAACAAUUUUAACAUAACUACAGAACACAAUGAGAACGUCGAGAAAAAAGAAGAAAAGAAAAAACGCAGGAAAGGGGUAUGGAAGUUGGUUAAGCAACGACCUGUAGAUCGUUUAGAGGCAUCUGAAUCACAAAACUAUUUCUCGGUAUUAAACUCUUUUCAUGAUAUUGAAAAAGUUCCUACUGUAGAUAAUAAUGACCAAAAAUACGAAAAAACAGUUAAUAGUUAUACGGACUACGUUACUCCUUUCGUUGAACAAGAAGGAAAUGUUAAACAAUUUAAAAGUACCUUGGAUGAUAAAGUUGCUACAACUGAACAGCCUGAUCUAAAAACCACUAUACAAGAUAUAGAAAAAGAAGAUCAAACGGAACCAGUAGAUUACACACUCAGUACAACCUACUCUACCACGAAUUCUCAACCAAACUCUGAAGAAGGAGACUUCCUUGAUUCAAUAUACGAAAUGUUUGGUAUGUCACGGGAUGCUAAAACGCAAGGAGACUCCCUAAAUAUUGCAUCUACUGAAGCUAGCACUGAAACGACGAUAACUACUUCUCCAAACCCAACUUUUCCUGAUGAACUUACAGAUGAGCCAGUGCGAUCAACAACUGUAAAUGCCACGGAACCAAAUACUGAAACUACUACUCUGCAGGAUUUUUUGACCACUUUAAAAAUUGAAGAAGAGAAACAGGAAAAAGAGCUUUUACCUUUUCAGGUAGAACCUUGGAACAUGAAAGAAGUUAGAACAUCUACGUCAACAGAGGUUUCACACGAAACGGAGAUAUGCUACAAGGGAAGAUGUGUCCGAUCACAUAAUAAAAGAAGAAGACAUUAAUGUUUUCUGAGUAUAAAGUCAAGUACGAGCAGAACGUGAGCUAAUAAAGGGAACUAAUAAAAAAUCUAAAACAUAUUACUAUGUAGGAAAAUCCGAAAUAAGGGAAACCUGCCAUUCUAUAGUCAAUUUGGUAUUAUAUUGAUGGCAAGUACUUGAAUCAAGAGAUAAAGAUUGCAAAAGUUUUACAGGGUUGGGAUAGAGUAUUGAAUCACCUAAAUAUCUUGACAAUGGCAUUGUCGUACAAUGACACAUAUGGCAUCCAAUAACAUAUUUUUGUUACUACUCUACUUCCAAUUUUACCGGAAAUACCCUCGACUUAUUAAAUUUAGAUGGGACAUCCUGUAUACGUUUGCAUGUUUUAAAAGAACUUGUUAUUCCUAACUCAUUUCUUCCAAGACUUCCCUACCUAGUAGUUCACAGUCAUCGAUAAUUAUUCUUUGUUUUAAAUCCUGCAAAGUUGAUCCUCUCAUGUAAACACGCGACUUUGGAUGACAGCAAAGAGAAAAAUCUAACAGAUUGAGGUCCGGAAAACGAGCAGACCAUUAUAAGAAUCCUCUACGUUCAAUCCACCCACUGGCGAAACGUCCAUGUAACCACUGUUACCAUUGGCAAUACAUAGUUAAAAAUCUUGCAAAUAAAUAUUUUAUGACGAUGAAUAAUUCCAUUUACCUAUAUUUUUACCAAUAGAAGUAUAUUAUUAUAUUAUGUGUUAAUAGUACCUAAUUCAGUAAAUAGCCAACUACUUGUAGACACACGAAAAUAUUGGCGAGUUUAUGUGACUCAGUUGCACUUUAUUAUACUCUGUUACCAGUUUCAUUUGUGGUUACAAUGGUUACAUCAUCGCUGUCGCUCGGGACCGGCUAGUGUCUGAAAUUUUUGAAGGAGCGACGGUGUAUAUCAGUAGCCCUGUUACCAGAUUUAAAUUUGGAUACAAAAGAAAAAGUAUGCGUGCAGUUAACCAUGGAUGAGUGUGGCUGCGUAAUCGAUCAACUACUUGAAAAGUAAUCCGUGUAUAAUUUUGAAGAAAAAAAAAUGAGAUUAUUGAAAAUGAAAAACCUUUUAAACAAUUUAAACAAUUUUAAAAAAGUGAAUAUCGUUGGUUAUGUGGUUGCAAGAAAAAUAGACUGUAUUGUUGGCCAUGUCUUCUGAUUUCUACAGGAAAAAUGGGUUGGCCAGGUUCACGAUUUAAAUGGUUUUAGAGUUUUAAAAAGGAGACAUGAAAUGUCUCCGUUACCUACAUUUAAGAUGUAUACCCAAUUUGAUUCAGUUUGGCAAAGCAAGAAUCAAAGGUUCUCUUAACCAAGCUUUUAAAGCAAAUAUUGCUAAACAUAAUGAGUUUGUUAAAAAUAUAGAUAGGUAUAUCCUUAGCACACUUAUAAUAGAUACCGUAUGUUUUUUGGCCAAACAAUAAAUAGCGUUUCGUGGUCAUUUUGAGGGCGACAACUCUGACAAUCGAGGCAAUUACAGGGAAUUGUUAACAUUAAUUGCCAAUUGCCAAAAAAGAUCAAAAAUUUUGCCAACAUCUAGAAACAUCAACUGUUUUUUCGAGAUUUUGAAGUGAUAUACAAAAUUAUAUUAUUGAAGCUAUAUAUACAUUUAGCCAUAUCUUCAUUUUUGUUUUUUGCAUCUGGUUUUGGUAACACUUUAUAAAAAGUCACGCGUCGCCACUAAAUCCACCGAUUUUGAAAAUUCGCAUUCACAAAUGGGGUCUUUUUUGUUUCAAGGCUAUUUAGUUGGUCCCAUACUUUCUCCCAAUCCUGUAUAUGUGUGUAUAUAAAGAUUUCAGGUUAUGCCUUAUCAGCGGGACUAUUUAAUUUAACAUUCUGCAGUUAUUUCGCUUUAAUUUGCUUCCCUGUAUAGUACAUAUAAAUUUUAGGUUUCAACAGUAUUCCUAGCUACAAGAACUAAUACUGACAAAUACAAAUUCAAAACUAUACGCUGCAUGAAUGGCUUGUAAAGUAUAAAAAACUAAAAGCAGUAACGCAUCUUUUCAAACGACACCGCACACAUCUUAUGGAAAUGUAAUGCCAUUCAACUACAAUAAAAUUUACAAUAGAUUCGUCUGGAAAUUACAAUCAAUUCAUAUCACUGCCCAAUUCUGAGUUUUAUUAAUAACGGCGUAAAUUGUAACUAAAGUUUAUCGAAAUCACAUUUUUGAGGUCCAUAAGACUCUCAUUAAUAAAUAUUAUUUGUCCAGUGACUAUUGAAAACAGCUUGACCCAGCGUAAGUUAACUAAGUAUAUACUUUGGUACGACUGACUAAAUUAUACUUACUUUAGUAUCUAUAAGAUAAGAGUAAGCCUCUGGCUUACUACCUACAGAAAGAUUUAUGAAGUGCCGAUUAACAAAAUUUCUUUUCGCUGUAACUCACUUUAGUAUAUUCUUUGACGGUUUUUGCGGUAAAUUUUAAAGAACCGCUUGGAUUGACUUGAAAUUUGGCAUACGUAUAGAUAAUAUGUCAAAGAAAAAAGUGAUAUUGUGCCGAUGUGUGCUUUUGCUCUGGGGGUGGGUACCGCCCCGUCUCGGGGGUGGAAAUAUUUAACUUCAAAAUAACCUCAGAAAUCGAUAGACAUUUCAAUUCUGAGUAAAAAAUGUUAUAUACGACUUUUUCGGUAAAUUGAUAUGUAUUUAGCAAGUUUUUCACGAUCGAAAUUGAUGAUUUCCUACAUGAAAAAUGCAUGUUUUGAGUGGAUCUUCAAAAAUAACUCUAAAAUUAUGAAUUUUUACGAAAAAGUCAUUAGAAUCAAAAAGAAACCUUUUAAAUUAAUGAAUUGAGUGGUGUUCUCUAAAUUAUUAUAGCAAUAACACUACCCAAGUUGCAGCCUACUUAAAAUCGGGGUUUUUUCUAAUUAACCUUGAAUCGAACAUUUUAUCAUUAAAUAACGCAAGAAAUAGAGAAUUUUGGAAAAAAAUUAUGGAGACAUCUUUUAAAGACUUUACUGAUACCUUUAAAAGGUGCUACAACAAAAGUGAUUUGGACAAAAAAUGGCCGAAUUAAUAAACAAACAAAACGAUUAUGUCGUUGAACAAAAAAAUAAUUACAUAAAUCGGUGAAUUUUCCACAAAAAUAAAAAUUAGCAUUAUUCCAUAUACAUUUAGAUUUAUUUAUAAACUGACUACGUGUGUACGUGUUCUGAGAUUUUAGCCGGUUUAAAGUGCUUAGAUUUGAAAAAAUAAAUAAAUUUAGUAUUAAAUUAUUUUUUGAUAUUUUAUAAAUUUUUUCCAUUUUUUCAAAAAUACUUGAAAACGAAAAGAAAUUUGAAAAAUAUAUAUGAAUACUAAAAUGUAGGUAGUAUUUUUCAUACUGAAACUGUUUCAGUUUUUUCAAUGUCUCUAUCGUAAAAACUGAGUGAGAUAUUUAUAUUUUAAGUUUGCACGUAAGUGUGAGAAGCAGUUUUAUAAGCUAUUUGAAUCGCAUGCUUUAAAAAUCAAAGACCUCCAGAAAGUCCAACUUUUGAGAACUUUUAGCACUUACAAUUCCCGACAAAAUAAGAACUUUUAGCACUUACUUCUGUAAUCUUGAAAAUUACAGAAAUUAUCGUUAAGAAACCGUUAAGCUAUUAAAUUUUUAGCUAGCUGUUAAUAAACUUUUCUGGUAAGCGGGAUCCAGGUUUAUAAGAAAAGUAACUUGGAAAGCGAUAACGAAUAAUUUCAAAAGGGACCAACUUUAUUUUGAGCGUAAUUUGCUUACAUUUAAUGCUAAAAAUUAAAAAAAUAGAUGAAAAAAAUAAAAAUAAAACUUUCUUAAAAACCUCUGAUAAAUUUUCCCUAAAGAGUGCUUCAUUUUUUGGAUAUUUCACGUCGAAAUGUUCGAUUUGGAAUUUCACGAAUAAGAACCUACUUUUCAUUAGCUACAACUCUGGUUCUACUAGCUCUCCAAACUUCAUACAUACACAGAUUUUUUCAAUUUUUCAUAAUCUAUAUUUCUGCUCGGAAUAUUUUUUCGAUAAAAUACUUUCUUUUUUAGUUAUUUGUGAAGAACCGUCUAACAACGUGGUUUAUUUGUUGAAAAAUGAACAUAUUCACUCGCAAAUAACUCGAAAAUAUUGACUUAGUGAAAAACUCUAUAGAACAAAAGUUGCUUAAAAUUAGUCAGUUUAUCAAUUUCCGGACUUAUUUUGGAUCUAUAUUUUUUCACCCCCGAGAAGGGGUGAAACUCACCCCCAGGGCAAAAGCACACACCGGUACUAUAUCACUUUUUUUCUUUGACUUAUUAGCUAAGUGAAUGCCAAAUUUCAUGUCAACCCAAGCGGUUGUUUAAAAUUCACAGGUUUUGCAAUAUUUUACCAUGAGUGAAUGAUCUAAUAAAUGUCUUUGUAGUUUAUUAGGGUUGAAAAUAUUAAGUACUUAAUGCACUAAAUUACGAACAUAAAAUAAAGUUUAAAUCACUACAAAAUGCAUCAUUACCUAAUUUAAAGUUACAAAUUAUUUAUUUAUAAAAAUUCUUAUUUAGAGGGUAGUUUUUAAGGGUUUAAAACUAUAAAAUACAAAAUAAAAAUGUAUACCAUUUUUAUUCAGUUGCAAUGCGCAACCAAAACUGUCUCAACUUUUACCUAGGUUAGAGAGAGCGGCCAGCACUCUUAUCGACGAUUUCACCUCUUGUUAGAGGCUCUUCAGAGAAUGCAUAGGCUGCUAUCUAUUAUUUAUUAGUCCCCCAUUCCUACUACCUUCACGUCAGUUGCAAUGGGGGACUAAUAAAUGUCGAAAAUUUUUACCUGGAGUAGAGAUAGCAGCCUAUGCAUCCUCUGAAGAGCCUCUAACAAGAGGUGAAAUCGUCGAUAAGAGUGCUGGCCGCUCUCUCUAACCUAUUUAAUCUAACCUCUCUAACCUCUAAUUUUCUAACCUUUUUCUACUUUUCAAGUAAUCGUAUGAUGAAUGCUCAAUAUUUUGACGACAUUUUCCUUUUAGGUAAAAGUUGAGACAGUUUUGGUAUACAUUUGGUAUAAAAAUGGUAUACAUUUUUAUUUUAUAUUAGUAUUGCUCCUAUAGAGUAACUAGGUCCAUUUUCCGUUGGAACUUUACCAAGCUGCAGACGGGGGUUGUGAAUUGCAUAGUGUAGAAUUCCUGCCCUUUUGUCUUCACUGCAGCAUCCAUUUGGCUUGCAUAUUGUAGAAGCCUUAGAGGUGUCACCAGGAAAAUGGUCCAAUCAGUUUUUCAAUAAAAAUCUUUUCAAAUUAUUUUAUUUUAAAAAUAAUUUUAUUAGGUUGAAAAACUUGGACUUUUACUAUAAAAUACAUUUAAAUAUGAGAAACAAUUAAAUUCCUAUAUUACUAUUUCACAUACCUACACAUAAUUUAGAUUUAAAUAACGCUUAGUGCUGUUUUUAUUUUUUGGUAAAAAGAGUAGUUUUCACCCGUUAAAAUAAAAAGCACACAUUGUAGUCGUAUCACUUUUGAAGAGGAUGGCAAGAUGAGCUUAUUUGCAAAAUUUCAUCUAAAUCGGAGCGGUUCUUUAGAAUUUAGAGGUUUUGCAAUAGUUUACCGUUAAAGAACGUACUACUUUCAUAUUUAAUUUUAGAUUUAUUUAGAUCAAUUUACGUGGUUAAUCAAAACUAAGAGUUGGCGCAAUGAUAUGAAAUGAUUGUAAUAUGGAGACGAAUCUAUUCAUGUAACUUGUAUUUUAUUUGAGUAACAUUACAUUUUCCAUAAGAUGUGUGCGGUGUCCUUUAUGAUUUUUUUUCUUUCACUUAUUUUCUGUAAACUAUAUAUGCUGUAAAUACCAAGGAGGGAAUUUUCUAACCUUUUUCUACUUUUCAAGUAAUCGUAUGAUGAAUGCUCAAUAUUUUGACGACAUUUUCCUUUUAGGAUUUUAAACGAAGUUUAUGCUGUAAAUAUGAAUGAAUGUUAUUGUGAUAUUAUAGAGAUGAGUGACUAAUAGACCAGGACUAAUCUGUAAAAAAACGUGUAUUUUUGGAUCUGAGAGGUGGCAUUCGGAUUUUUGCAGAUAAAGUUAGGUUACAACUUCAGUAAUUAUAAUUGACUUAUGUUCCUUCUCAAAUAUGCCCGGAACAUUAAUAAAAAAAUUAAAAUAUUUAAAAAUUUCGAAAAACAUCGAUUAUUUUCUGCUUUCUUUGCUUAUAACUUUAAAACGGUUCGUUUUGGAACAAAGUCGUAGAGAAAUAAAAUAAAGAUAAUUGAAUUUUGUAUGAUAUACGACUGGUCAAAAAUGUCUUAAGGUAUUACCUUUUCUGCAAUAUAGCAAUAAAUACAAAAUAAGGGGGCAAAAUACGCCUGUUGUUAUUCAAUGUUUCUUAACGACUUUGGUGGCACUUAGAACCUUAAUAAUUCGCCUAAAAAAUUCCUAUAACUUACUUAAAUGGUCUACCAAAUUUCAUUAAAAUCGACUUAAUAGAUUUUGCAUAAUAAAUUUGCAAUAUAAAUGUUUUUAAAAAAGUUCAAAUUUUUUAAAAUCUUUCUGAACAAAAAGUAGACUAUUUAGAAGUUGGCUAAUUUUUUACAUAUAAAGAGGUGCUCUACCUAUCUAAUACACUUUACAGAAUUAAAAUCGGAUUAUUUAAGGGGCCUCAGCAAUGUUUUAAAAUUGUAAACAAUUUUUUGGCUUAUAAACAAAUAGCUUUGAUUAAUAAUAAAAAAAAUUAAUUUUUAGUAAUGCAAAUAAUUAAAACCGGUAUAAUUUGACUUGAACUUUCAAAUGCUCUUAGCAGAAUUGCUAUUUUAUUUUUUUAAUCAAAAGUUAUUCUCGUUCAAAAAUUGCAAUUUUUCGAUUUUUUGAAUGUUCCACCGCGUUUAUCUCGAAAACUAUGCAUCCUACGAAAAAACUUGUAAGAACAUUUUUUACUUAGAAUUACCCAAGAAAUACAAAAAAUGUUUUAUUUUGCGAAAAAUCGAUGUUAUGUAAUUCCUUAAGUUCUUUGUUUAUAACAAUCUUAUCGACACCCGGAUCAACUGUUACCCAAAAAAUUCAUGUUCUACGGGUGAAAAUACAUAAAAAAAAACCUGGGUAAGUCCAUCUAAAUAAAGGAGCCCGUAGCAUCCCCUCCUGGACACAGCACUAAUUUGUUUAUAAGCCAAAAAAUUGUUUCUAACUUUAAAACCUCACAUAGAAAAUAGACACUUCCUUGUGAAGCACGGUAACGAGCACACUAAGAUAUAUCCUAUUCACUCAGGCAUCCCACAAGGCAGCGUUCUCGGCCCAAUUCUAUAUCUUUUAUACACAGCGGACAUUCCAACAUCUAGUACAACUACAGUUGCAACGUAUGCAGAUGACACUGCUAUCCUGGCAUCCCACACAGAUCCAACAACAGUAUCAAGGAAUCUUCAAUCAAACCUCUAAAGGAAUUCAUUUCAAAAACUUUAAAACUUUAAAAACUUUAAAACAUUGCUGAGGCUGCUUAAAUAAUCUGAUUUCAAUUCUGUAAAGUGCAUUAGAUAGGUGGAGUGUUUCUUUAUAUGUAUAAAAAUUGACAAAUCUUUGUAUCUUCUAGUUUUUGUUGUGCAAGAUUUUAAAAAAUGUCAAUUUUUUAAAAAAGUUUAGAUUGCCAAAAUAUUAUGCAAAAUCUAGUAAGUAAAUUUUAAUGAAAUUUGGUGGACGGUUUUAGCACAUUACAAAAACUUUCUAAGCGAAUUAGGAAGGUUCCAAGUGUAACCUAAGUGAUGGAAAAACAUUGAAUAAGGACAGGCUUGUUUUGCCCCCUUAUUUUAUAUUUAUUGCUAUUUUGCAUCAAGGGUGUUAAAUUAAGACAUUUUUAACUAAUUGUAUCUGAUAGAAAAUUUAAUUAUCUUUGUUUUAUUCCUAUAUGACUUUGUUCCAAAAUGAAUCGUUUUAAAGUUAUAAGCAAAGAAAGUAGAAAAAAUCGAUGUUUUUCGAAAUUUUUAAAUAUUUUAUUUUUUUUAUUAAUGUUCCGGGCAUAUUUGAGAAGAAGCAUAAAUCAAUUAUUAUUAACGAAAUUAUCACCUAACUUUAUCUGCAAAAGUCCGAAUGCCACCUCUGACAUCCACCUAAAAACAGAUCCUUCCUAGUCUACUAAGGAAUGUUUUGUAUCAUUUAUAUAUUUUAUUUUCCAUUAUUUAUUGUAUAAUUAAUUUAAUAGCUUAGUUAGUAAAAUAAAAUAAGUUAAGGUAAAUGUAAUAAAAAAUAAACACAUA